AGACUUGUGAGCUUCUAUGUACUUUUGUAUUCGUUGAUUAUACAUUUUAUUUAAUUUAUAAUAAGGAAAAUAAGACAAGGAAUUUUUCUGAACGUUGGUAGCGGAUACUAAUAAUAUUUGUUUGAAUCUUCUCGAAUUAUCUCGAUUUUUCUCAAGGUAUUUUUUUUUUUUUAGUUACGUUUUGUAAAAGGAAUUGUGUUACAGCCAAUACACGUGUUUUGUUUGUUAUACACAUAUUGAAGCUUAGGCCGUAGUGAUUAUCAGUAAUCAAUAAUCUACAGGAGGUGUUGUAAUAAGAAGAGACUGAUGUGAUUUGAAAUUGUACAAAAAAUAUAUAUAUAUAUAUAUACACAGGAGAAAAAAAUUUAUAGUAUAUUAUUUAUCAAUAGGUUUAUUGAAAGAUAAUUUGAGAGAUAAAUCUAGUAAAUAUAUUAAAUUGGUAGAUCUGUUGGAUAAUAACCUUCUCUCUUAUGAGGAAUAUCUGAUUUGUGAAAGUAGAUAAAUAUCUAAUGACGAGUACAAGAGUUAUUUAUUAUGAGUUUUUGUUCAAUUUGGAAAAACAUCAAGAAAUUUUGAAUGUAUAAUAUAUUUAUGUAAGAAGGAAAGUAUUUUUUUAAUAGUUGAGACAAUUUUUUAAAAAUAUUUUGCAAGACUCGCAAGAAGUAAAUUUCUAAUUGAUUUACGUGGUAAGAUUUCAAAGGUUGUUUUCCUCCUAUUGUAAACAUGGCUAAAACACCCAUAAGUCUUUUACAAGAGUUUGGAAUGAAAGAAGGUUUUCUACCGGAAUAUCAAUUUGUUUCUCAAUGUGUUGUUGAUAAUGUAAAUAUAUUUAAGAUUCAAGUGAAAUAUAAGGAUUUAUUAGCCGUAGGUAAAGCAUUAAAUAAAAAACAGGCGAAACAUAAUGCGGCUGAAAAUAUGAUAAAAUUAAUGAAAAAUUCAACAUGUAAUUCCAAUAUCAAACAAAUAGUAUCAUUGAAACGAAAUAUUUCUGAAACGGAACAAAUAUCGUCAUUGAAAAAUAGUUAUUUAAAUUUCGAUUCAUUCAGUAUAAAAUCAAAAACUGUAGAUACUACAAAUUACAUUGGCAAAUUGCAGGAAUACUGUUCAGUUAAUAAUUUAAUAACGCCAGAAUAUGUAGUUAAUAAUGUAAGCGGAGAGCCGCAUCAACAAAAGUUUACAAUAGCAUGUAAAUUAGGAGCAAUAGUUGAAGAAGCGACAUCGACUACAAAAAAACAUGGCAAACAAUUAGCAGCGAAACAAUUAUUAGAUCGACUUGGAAAUUCGAAUGCAUUGAUUUUAGCCAGAAGGGAUGAUGAAAAUACUGAUGACAAAUCCAUUCGGAAAGAGGACGAUGAUAUUUUGACUAAAACUGGCAUAAGAUUGCUUAAACUUAAUUGUAACAUAUCUGAGAAUGAUAUUAAAGACAAAUAUAGAGAACUUACUAAUAAGAAUGGUAUUAACACAACUCCAAUGGACAAAAUGCAGAAUAUUACAACUUAUCAUCAUUUUAUUAAACAUAUUAUCUUGAACAAUAUUAGUAAGGAUGAAGAAUUAGAUAAAAUAUAUCAUAAUAUAAAAAGAUUUAAAGAAAGCCUAUCGAAAAUAACUACUAGUAAUGGUAAUAGUAUAGAUCAAUUACCAUUCGAUUAUAUUUUAAAAUACAUCAAAGAGAUAUUGAAAUUAGAUAUAGAAAAAAAGAAUAUAAAAUGUAAAGAUCCAUUGUUAAAUGCUGUCGCCUAUAAAAUAAAGGCUCCCAUACCUGUUAUACAGUUUGGUAUUAAUAAGAAUUUAGAAAUUGCAAAAGCGCUUGCUUUACAUAAUAUUCUUGACACAAUAAUGAUUUAUUUAAAUUAAAAUUAAACUAAAAGAAGGAAAUAUUGACGAGAAAAUAUUAAUUUUUUUACUAUUAUUGAAAUGACUUAAAUAUAUAUAUUGAUUAUAUGAGAAUGAUCAUAUGAGAAUGAUCAUAUAAAUAUUAUUAUUAAUCAUUGACUUUUUAAUAAAAUGUUUAAUCAAUAAAA